AUGGCUUCACCUGCAAACCCAAAAUCCCACUUUCAUGCUCGCUCCGUGAGCUUGCCUUCCGAGCCUAACCCCCUCAUUCCUCAAGCAGAGGAUUACUUGGGGAGGAUCAGAAGUUCGGAAGCAGCCACCACCAGCUCCUUUUCAUCAGUGAGCGGCAUGAUAAGCAGUCUUGCGGACUUUUAUGCCUCUGUUGAUGACUUGCUUCUCUUGCCACAUACCCAACAGGCCUUCAUUCAAGAGGGCUGUGACGAGGUGCUUGAGAGAUCCCUCAGUCUCCUGGACAUUUGUAGCACUGGCAAAGAUGUUGUAGCACUGACAAAGGAAACUGUGCAGGAGCUACAGUCAACGUUGCGCAGGAGACGGGGCAAUGAACUAGCAUUGAGAAAUGAGGUCGGGUCAUACUUGGCCUCUAGGAAGAAAGCAAAGAAGACAAUUCAAAGCUGCUUGAAAAAUUUGAAGAUCAAAUCAACAGUCUCUUGUGCAAAUCAAAGUGGUACGACAAUGGUUGACAUGUUAAGAGAAGCGGAGGGAGUUGCUCUCAAGACGAUCAAGUCAUUGUUGACAUUGGUACAUGGAAAGUCAAUGAGCUGCUCUUUCUUCUCCAAGUGGAUACAUUCCAACCGAGUGGUGGCUGCUGAGAGAGCGUCCAACAGCGAAUUAGAGAUCGUUGAUGCUGUAGUCGAUGCCCUCCUAAGCCAUAAGAAUGGAAAAGCAAGUAACAUUCACAUGGAACAUGUACAGAAAGUGAUGGCAGAACUCGAGUCCCACAUUCAGGACAUCGAAGAAGAGAUGGAGUGCCUGAUCAGGCGCUUGAUAAAAACCCGAGUUUCCCUCCUCAAUAUCCUCAACCACUAG